GUGUCGAGCUGUAAUGACGUGGUCACAAACGUAUGCAUUGAAUUAUGUUUUUUUUUCUUCUUGGUUGUUUUAAAUCUAAGAGUCCUGAGUAUUAAAACCGAAGCUUUAAGUCACAGUCGUGGAGUGCGCCUGCCUUUUUGUUUCAAGUCAUGGACAAAGACAAGAAUGUCGAUAUUCAGUCUCAGUGCUCCUGGAUGGAGAUGCAUCAGUUCAUUGGAGACCUCCUCGCAUCUGGACACUCUUCUAAAAACCAGCCGGAUGUGUUGAACGCAGCCUGGGGCGCGGCUGCUGCUGCCGGUGGUGCUGGUGCUCUGGGGCUCAAAGCCUCGUCCCUGGAACCCCUCCAGCUGGCUCGACCUGCCCAGGACGGCAGAGAGGCCCCCCCAGGUAAACCCACCCAGCACCGGCCCCCACACACAAGGAGAGAGGCCCCAGACAGAGGAGAAGGUGGGUGCUCAGACAGACAAAAGUGUCACUUUUUAAAGAAAUUUUCAAAAAAGGAAAAAGCAAAAAAGAAGAACAUUUUGUUUCCUGGUUGUUCUUCAGGUUUUGAUGUGCAUCAUGCCUGCACCUGUCCCGGCUGCCCGUACUCCAGUCCCCCUCCGUCCUUUGAAACUUUAGUGCCCAGACAAUCUCUGCCCUCGUCCCAGCACUCGGAGGCAGCGUGUCGACCCAAAGACCUCAGCCUCACCAUGUGCUCACCAGACACCACAGUGCCGAGCAGCAGCGCCGCGGCGGAGCUGGAGUCCAGGCCGUCCGGCCAAACGCAGAGGGACAACGCAGACAGAGCUGCUCAGAGCCAAGGCCAAAAUCUCAGCACUCCUCUUCCCAGAGCUUCCUCUGGCUCUUUAUCCCAUCUAUCAAUGUUUCCUUGCUUGUGCUGCCACCACGGCCUGCAGACCUGCCCGCCGGCCCUGACUAAUCAAAAAGGCAACAGCUCUCCUUUUUCUCAUUCCCAUCAUCACUUUCAUCACCACCUCUGCGCCUUGACAUCCUGCUUACCCUGUCCCCAGCUGUCCCACUCUGCUCAGCUGCCUGCUCCUUUCCCCUGUCUGACCUGCCAGUGUUCCCCGCCCACCUGCCCUCAGGUUUGCCACCACCCGCGCAGACAAACACAGCAACAAGAGGAAAGGGGCAGGGGGGGGUUGUUGCUGCAUCCCUGCAUGCAUUGCCCAGCCUCUUUCACCAGACCGUCGCAGCUGCUGCAGCACCAGCGCUCCGAGCACGCCCACAAACCGCCCGGCUUCCUCUGCACAGAGUGCGGCCGGGCCUUCAACUCCCACAGCAACCUCCGGAUACACCUCAACGUCCACAGCGGGGCCCGGCCCUACUCCUGCUCCGAAUGUGGGAAGAGUUUCAGCCAGUCCGGAGCUCUGAAGAUCCACAAGCGGAUUCACACGGGCGAAAGGCCGUAUUCGUGCGGCUUCUGCGGCAGGGGGUUCCCCAAUCUGGCGGGGGUCCGGGCCCACCAGAGAAUCCACACAGGAGAAAAGCCCUACCGCUGUGGCCAGUGUGGGAAGUGUUUCACCCAGUCAGGAGCCCUGAAGAUCCACACCCGCAUCCACACAGGAGAGAGGCCCUUUAUUUGCAGAUUUUGUGGGAAAUGCUUUUCCAACCGCUCUGGAAUCCGUUUCCACUACCGGACCGUACACGGCCUGGCACCCGAACACGCCGGGGAGCCGGGAGUCCCGGAUGCGCCUUCAAGACCAGCUGGUUAUUCUCCUGGCCGUCCCAGGACUUUGCCUUCGACCAGCGUUGGGUUAGAUAUGAACAAAAACUCAGGAAGCGACUCACACGCAACUGCUGGAGGUGGAGCCACGCAUGUCCGUGGAAACGAGAGCGGAUCACCGGCUGAAAGAGAAGGCAGUCACAGCGGGGGGCUGUUGUACGCAUGUGAGGACUGUGGCCUGCGCUUUAAAGAUGCCCCGUCCAGAAACAGACACCAGACUCUGGUGCACUAUUCACACGAGGGACAAGAGGAGGAAGAGGAGGAGGACGAGGAAGAGGAGGAGGAGGAGGAGGGGAGGAGGAAAGAGUUCACCAUGGAGGAGGGGGUUAAUGAUCACAGCCAAUGACCUAAUUAAUGCUGAUGUCACAACAGACAAUCAGUAAACGUUAAGAUCACAUGGGGAGUGGAAAAGAUAAGACAUUUCUUAUGUUUUCUUGUCUAUGAAUGCCAAUGAAUUUGUUAAUAUAUUCCAGUUUUACCUUUCCUGGCUGGCAAACAUAUUCCAAAGAAGUCGGUCGCGUUUAGUUUCGGCAGGGAGGUAAAAGCAAAAGUAAUGAUGCUGUUUCAAACAGGUCAGUGCAUAAGAACGAGUACAAACGUGACUUGAGUAAUGGGUGUUAUUUAAAAUAACCUGAACCACUUUUCUCCGGUCAAACACACCAGUCCAGCUGUUAUUUUUGUUCACAUCGUUUUAUUGACACUUACACAGAAGUGGAAGAAGCUUUCCCUUUGUUUUAUCACAGCAACACAGCACUUGUUUCAGCCCCUGCACAGAUUUUAAGGGGAAUUUUUAUUUUUAGGGCCUUUCAGUGAUGUUUUGAAAAAGAAGGGAGGAGUGACAUGUAUUUAAUUAUUGAAGAUGGGUGCCUCUAUUGGGGAAAAAAAAGCACAGUUGUAUUUAAAAAAAAAUUAAAAAUGAUGUAUAAUGAUCAGCAGUAAUAAAAGCUGUUUUGUUUUUUUUAGUCAGUUCCUCCUUUUACCUUUAAUUUAUCAUAAAAUAGUAACAAUAAUAAAGUUGUACAACGUUAAUUAAUUAAUGUCUUAAUUCUGUAAUGUUUGUAGUGCAGCGACAAAGGCUUAAUACUGAGGGCCACAUAUUGAUAAAUCAUUUGUAAUGGUUAUAUUUUGUCAAAAGAAAAGUGGUCCUGUUUUUAAUUGCAACUUGUAUAACAUCACUUAUUUGUUCUACAAUCCAAGCAGUUAUUCCUGUAAAUGUUUUUUUCUUCUUCUGUUCAUUACAAGAAUGUGAUAAAGGAUGAGAACCAGCAGUUAUAUAAUAAAUUAUUGUUCGUGGUUAGAGAGCCACCUAGUGGUUGUAUGUACUCAUAACACUGAACCAUCCUUUGUAUGGGAAAAAAAAUUGAAAUUGUGAAUAGAAUAUUUUGUGAGAACAAGUAACAUUCAGUCCAUCAUUUUACAUGUUAAAACAGUUAAACAGACUGGUACAUUUCUGUGUGUGUUUUUGGAAAGUGCAGCUUGUGAUUAAACAUUUUAUCAGUAAAAAGUAUUUCUAAGACACAA